CACUUUGUAGAGUCCAUGCCCCUGACGAAUUGAGGCUGUUCUGAGGGCAAAUGGGGGGGUGCAACUCAAUAAUAGGAAGGUGUUAACGAAAUAGCUUAUAUAUCCAGUAACCAGGCAGGUGAACAAUAAAAUCAUUUAGCAUACAGACAGCAAAUAAACACAACAUAUUCCCACAUUUCCCUGGUCCGGGGUGAGCGUGAGGAUCGCGUCUUCCCGCUCUUUGAAGCAGUCCUCGUCCUCCUACUCUACAGGGGACGCGGAGGGAGACACUGGGGGAGACCGCGUCGACACCAGUCCCAGACGGGAGCUCAGGGGAUGAGCGUGGGGAGAGGUUAUUAUACGGGUAUGGGUUCGGUAUAUUCGCGCUGAUCUCCUGCUCGUCAUCUUCUAGUUGUAUGUAUGACGGCACGGUAGUGGGAAAAAUCCGUUACUCUUUGCUCACGCAAGUUUUUGUCUGUGCGCCUUGCAGGUUGGUAAAGAAUAAUUGAUGGAUGGAAUUCACAUGAAAGCUGCAUGCUUCAUACAUAUUAAAAACGUCACAAUGCGAACUUUUUAGUAACCAAUGCCAACACACAAACACAAAACAUAUAGCACGAGUCACAGUGAGACGUGAGCCAUACAUAAAAGUAAAACCAUAGACGCCAAAGAACUCCGAAGCCAUUCUAACGAUAAAUACUAGAUCAACGAUUGAUAAACUGAGUGUAGACUAAUCAGAAUUGUUUUCUUCAAUUUCGAGCCUUGACUGUCGUUUGGAUUGUUUGCGCGCGUGAAUUCACCUUGGCUUAAUGCGCAUUAUGAUGUCACCUCGUUGCCAUUGAGCUUCUAUGACGUCCAUAAACAAGUGCUACAUUUAAAAUUGAUGACGACAGAAAUCUUGUUUUCUGUUAUUGAGAAGUACCUGUGAAGCAAUAUAAACUUUUCGGCUUGCUUGCCAAAAUAUGGCCACUAAUAAUUUAGCGGAACAAUCGCCACAGCUAAAUAGUGACAGCAGGAGUGCAUCCCCGAGAGUGUUAGGCGUAGACCUAACGGUCCACAAACGGCACAACAGUACGCGGGUACGAGAUGUUGAAGCUGAGACUUCCGCGAUUGGCACUGACGUGGAUCUUAGGUACCUUCUGGAGGAAAACGCUCGACAGAUGCUCAAAUAUCGGAAGAGGCCUCGCCUUGACCACGAACAACUAGUGAAACUGAGCAAUUCCUUCUUCAAUCAAGAUUUCCCUACUAGGUUGUGGAAAAUAGUGGAUUCGGACAUGUUCAAGUCGGCCACAUGGGACAAGAAUGGCAUUUACAUGCUUCUCGACGAGGAACGGUUCACCAAGGAGGUGUUGCAGCGAACAGGAUUCCGACCUACUCUCCCAUGUGUCACCAUGGCAGGAUUCGACCAACAAAUGAUUCUCUAUGGUUUUCAAAAGCUCUCCUCAGCUACCCCCACCUCAAAGUUGUCCAUGUACUACCAUCACAGCUUCAGACAGCACCAGGAGAAGCUACUGAAGAAGGUCAAGGUACCGGUGGUUGCAGAGGUGGAAGCGGUGGAGGAGGAGGAUGAUGUGGAGAUCGUCAUGGUCACCCCUGGUCCUCCCCGUCAGCCCGACCCUCCUGUUACUCCCAUUAGCCCUCCCGUUACCAGUAAAGCUGAGACCCGGGACGGCGAGGCCGAGAAGGAUGAAAAGAAGGAGAAGGAGCGGCUUUCGCUAGCUGCCAAGGACCUGGUUGCCAAGAUCAGCUCGGAGGUUAACCAGAGGAAGACCGUUCUGCCAGUCACACCCUCCUCCUCCCACACCCCAUCCACACCCACCCCGGCUCCAGCCUCCUCCCCAGACCCCCCCUUUACCUUGUCCUACCCCUCCCCAGCCCCCCCCUUUACCUUGUCCUACCCCACCCCAGCCCCCUCCUGCUCCUACUCCAACCCAUCCACCCCUGCACAGGCCCUAACCCCCUAUUACACCUACUCCACCCCGGCUCCCACCACAGCCCCAGCCUCCUCCUCCCCAAGCCCACCAACGGCCUCUGUGGCUGGGGCAUCUUCGCAGACCUCCAGGCCUACCACCACCCAGGAGGGAAACAGCGGUAGUAGUCGAAGCAUCACUCCCAUAGCCCGUGGUUGGGUGAGGCUCAACCCCAACCCUUUCGACAGGGCACCAGGACCAGCUGGACCAGCCCCAGGUCCCCCUGAGGCCACCCCCGAUGCCUGCCCCUACCACCUAGCCCACUCUUUGGUCUUCACACCCUCCAUCAACCACCAGCUUUGUAUAGCCAAGGCCCAGUUCGAAGAGGCAAAUGAGGCCCAGGCACACCAAGCGCACCAGUCACAAGCCCAGGCCCUAAAUGCCCACCUGGCACAAGCUCAAGCUCAGGCCCAUCAGGCUCAAGCCCAGCAGGCCCAAGCUCAGGCCCUAAAUGCCCAUCAGGCCCAAUCUCAACAGGUUCAAGCCCAGGCCCUGUAUGCCCAGAUGGCUCAGGCCCAGAUGGCAUGGAUGCAAGCAGCGAUGUAUAACCCCUGGGUUCUCCAGGCCAUGCAAAUGCAGAUGGCAGCCUAUAUGUCCCCCCCACCACACUACCUGCACCGGCCAGCAGGGGGGUUCUCAACCACUCACCACAUAAACCCAGUCUUCCCCAGUGGGAGCAGUAGCCCUGCUGGAGCAGGGUCAGAGUCGGGCCGUUACUCCCCUGAUCUGUCUUUCUCCCCAUCCAAUCCCCGAACCCCUCUAUCCCUUGAUCCAUCCAUCCAUCCAUCCAUCCAGCUUAACCAAACCUUGGGUAGGCCUAUGAAAUACUUUUAG